CAUUGAAGCAAGCAAGGAAGGGAAACAUUUACACACAGUGAUGAUGCUGACAAGACUAAGUCAGAAACUCGGCGCUCGCCUACGGCCGAAUGAUUGCACGUGCCUCGUCUUUGUUGCUCUGAUGGCAGUAACGUCAGCACAUACCUCAUUGGACAGUACAAAGGGCACACACUUACUCGACAUUGAACUAUUCCGGAGGUUGUGGGAUGCAUAUAUAUUGCCUAAACUUGAAAUGGACUUUUACAAAAAGUUAGAUAGUCGGCAAUCUGAUAGUGACAUGUUGGAGUCGUAUGGUUAUCUAGCAGAUCUUCCAAUUGAUCAGAAGAACGCUAAUCGACAGAAACGAAGGAACUUUAUGGGAAUGGACAACAUGGACACAAUGUUUGCCUCUCUCAACUCUAAGCCCCGCUUCAUGUCCGUGGAUAACAGUUUCGGCAAUCUCCAGAACCUUCUACGAAAGGCCGGUCGCAAACGACGCUAGAUGCGAACAUCAACAACAACGACGAUACUAUCAAUACAUAUUCAGAUGUGGCAAAAUUAAACUCUCAGUUGCAUUUUCAUUCAUUGUACGUUCAAAUAUUAUCCACAUUAUUUUAAUGACUUAGGUCCAGACGGUCGUAUCUCCACAUCUAGUGGUAGGAAUUACGUCAGUCGUGCGCUUAGCCCUCAAUUUCAUGUAAAAAUGCAUCAGACUAGUUUAAAUUCAAGCAAAAAAUGAUUGUUUGUAUAUUUAGGACGAAUCAACUUAAUUGCUGACAACAAUGUUUGUACAAGUGUGUAUAUAAAGACCUUUGUAAACUGUAUUAAUAUGAUUUAUUGGAAUCAUUAAUUUUAAAGAAAAUAAUAAAUUAAGCAAAUCAAUUCCUGCUAUGAAAUGAAAACAGCAGACGACAGACGACUCAGAUCAAUAUAAUUGAAAUAGCAAAGAAAGAACACAUGUAACACGAAAACAGCAAGAGAAGUGCACAGAUAGUUUGUCAUCAAAUAUCACGUUCGAAAGUCAAUCAUAAACGUUUGGACUGCAUUUUCUUGUUCUCAACUUACUAGUUAAUGUUCAAAAAUAUUU